AUAAUCUUUAAAAAAGAAACCCCAAUGCAAACUGAAACAACCAUGUCCGGAGAAGUGCGUUUGAAGCAGUUGGAGCAGUUUAUUUUGGAUGGGCCAACUCAGACUAAUGGGCAAUGCUUCAGCGUGGAAACCUUGCUGGAUAUACUCAUCUGCCUUUAUGAUGAAUGUAAUAAUUCCCCUCUGAGAAGAGAGAAGAACAUCCUUGAGUAUCUAGAGUGGGCCAAACCUUUUACAUCUAAAGUGAAACAGAUGCGACUACAUAAAGAAGAUUUUGAAAUCCUGAAGGUGAUUGGUCGAGGAGCCUUUGGAGAGGUUGCAGUAGUAAAACUGAAGAAUGCAGAUAAGGUUUUUGCCAUGAAGAUACUUAAUAAGUGGGAGAUGCUGAAGAGAGCUGAAACAGCCUGUUUUCGAGAAGAGAGAGAUGUGUUAGUGAAUGGAGAUAACCAGUGGAUCACAACAUUACAUUAUGCAUUCCAGGAUGAAAACUAUUUAUACCUGGUUAUGGAUUACUAUGUUGGAGGAGACCUGCUUACGUUGCUCAGCAAGUUUGAGGACAGACUACCUGAAGAUAUGGCGCGUUUUUAUUUGGCUGAAAUGGUGAUAGCUAUUGAUUCAGUUCAUCAGUUGCAUUAUGUUCACAGGGAUAUUAAACCAGACAACAUUUUGAUGGAUAUGAAUGGACAUAUUCGAUUAGCAGAUUUUGGUUCUUGUCUGAAACUGAUGGAAGAUGGAACGGUCCAAUCUUCAGUGGCAGUUGGAACACCAGACUACAUCUCUCCAGAAAUCUUGCAGGCCAUGGAAGAUGGAAAAGGGAAGUAUGGGCCCGAGUGUGACUGGUGGUCCCUAGGCGUUUGCAUGUAUGAAAUGCUUUAUGGAGAAACGCCCUUUUAUGCUGAGUCCUUGGUGGAGACCUAUGGGAAAAUAAUGAACCACAAAGAGAGGUUUCAGUUUCCUGCUCAAGUGACAGAUGUCUCUGAAAGUGCAAAGGACCUCAUCCGAAGGCUCAUUUGUAGCAGAGAGCAUCGACUUGGACAAAAUGGGAUAGAAGACUUCAAGAACCAUCCAUUUUUUGCUGGGAUUGAUUGGGACAACAUUAGAAACUGUGAGGCACCCUACAUCCCAGAAGUCAGCAGCCCCACUGAUACAUCAAACUUUGAUGUGGAUGAUGAUUGCUUAAAAAAUUCUGAAACAAUGCCUCCACCGUCACACACUGCAUUUUCUGGCCAUCAUUUACCAUUUGUGGGUUUCACAUAUACAAGUAGCUGUGUGCUUUCAGACCGCAGCUGUCUAAGACUGACAGCUGGACCGCCCUCCAUGGAUCUUGAUGCCAGCAUUCAAAGAACUUUGGAGGAUAGUUUAGCAACAGAAGCUUAUGAGAGGAGAAUAAGACGUCUAGAACAGGAAAAGCUUGAACUUAGUAGAAAACUGCAAGAGUCCACCCAGACAGUCCAGGCUCUGCAGUAUUCAACAGUAGAUGGCCCAAUAACAGCAAGCAAAGAUUUAGAAAUUAAAAGUUUGAAAGAAGAAAUUGAAAAGUUGAAGAAACAGGUAACAGAUUCUGGUCAGCUAGAACAGCAACUUGAGGAGGCCAGCACUGCAAGGCGGGAGUUGGAUGACGCUUCCAGACAAAUAAAGGCUUUUGAGAAACAGGUCAGAACGCUGAAGCAAGAGAGGGAAGAUCUUAAUAAGGAACUGGCAGAGUCUAGUGACAGAUUAAAAUCCCAAGCCAAAGAGCUGAAAGAUGCACACAGCCAGCGGAAAUUGGCAAUGCAGGAGUUCUCAGAGAUGAACGAGCGGCUGACAGACUUGCACUCUCAAAAACAAAAGCUUGCCCGCCAGCUCCGAGAUAAGGAGGAAGAAAUGGAAGUGGUGAUGCAAAAAGUAGAAAGUUUAAGGCAAGAGUUACGCAGAACAGAGAGACUUAAAAAAGAACUGGAAGUCCAAGCUGAAGCUGCAGCUGCUGAGGCAUCCAAAGACAGGAAAUUGCGAGAGAGGAGUGAACAGUACUCUAAACAGUUGGAAAGCGAAGUAGAAGGGCUAAAGCAAAAACAGGUUGGUCGCUCACCUGGGGUAAGCAGUAUAGAACACCAGCAAGAGAUCACUAAAUUAAAGGCAGACCUGGAAAAGAAAAGUGUUUUCUAUGAAGAGGAACUAUCUAAACGUGAAAUAAUACAUGCUAAUGAAAUAAAAAGUCUGAAGAAAGAACUACGGGAUGCAGAGAGCCAGCAGCUUGCCCUCAAGAAGGAGAUCAUGAUUUUGAAAGACAAGCUAGAGAAAACCAGAAGAGAAAACCAAAGUGAAAGAGAGGAAUUUGAAACAGAGUUCAGACAGAAGUAUGAACGAGAAAAGAUUCUGCUAACAGAGGAAAACAAAAAACUUUCAAAUGAACUUGAUAAGCUCACCACCAUGUUUGAGAGGCUGAGUGUGAAUAACCGGCAGCUGGAAGAAGAGAUGAGAGACCUGGCUGAUAAAAAGGAGUCCGUGGCCCACUGGGAGGCCCAAAUUACUGAGAUCAUCCAAUGGGUAAGUGAUGAAAAAGAUGCUCGAGGUUAUCUUCAAGCCUUGGCCUCUAAAAUGACAGAAGAACUAGAGGCCCUGAGGAACUCCAGUUUGGGUGCAAGAGCUACAGACAUGCCCUGGAAGAUGCGCCGCUUUGCAAAACUGGAUAUGUCUGCAAGGUUGGAACUACAGUCUGCUCUUGAUGCUGAAAUCCGAGCCAAACAGGCUAUUCAAGAUGAGUUGAAUAAAGUCAAAGCUUCCUGUAUCUCUACAGAGUGUAAAUUGCAAGAAUCUGAGAAGAAGAACAUGGAACUGUUGACAGAUAUUGAAAGGCUGAAAAAGGAGACAGAAGAGCUUAGAUCAGAAAAGGGUGUAAAGCACCAAGACUCACAGAAUUCUUUCUUGGCAUUUUUGAAUGCGCCUACCUCUGCUCUGGAUCAAUUUGAAGAUUCCUUUUCCUCCUCUUCAUCCUCAUUGAUUGAUUUUAUGGAUGAUCGCUCUCCUUCCUGUAUUCCAGCUAACAAAGGCAGACGUAUUGAUUCAGUUGAGAAUUUUACAUUGUCUAAUACUCCAUCACGGGAUGAAGACAGCAAGUCUCACCUCCAUUCAAGAUCAAGGUCUCCUUCUACAGCUAGUGAGAAUGAACCAAUCGAGGUUACAGAUCAUCCUCCCCGUUCAAUUCACACACCAACCAUGAGGACAGCAUAUAUUGGAUCGGGACUCUCUGCACCAAAGCCUAAAGCCCACCAGUUUGUAGUGAAAUCAUUUAAUACACCAACAAAAUGCAAUCAAUGCACAUCUCUGAUGGUUGGUUUGAUACGACAGGGCUGUACUUGUGAAGUAUGUGGAUUCUCUUGCCACGUGACCUGUGCAGACAAGGCUCCCGCAGUAUGUCCAAUCCCUCCCGAACAGACUAAGGGACCUUUGGGAAUAGAUCCGCAGAAAGGCAUAGGAACAGCUUAUGAAGGACAUGUCCGAGUACCAAAACCAGCUGGAGUAAAGAAAGGUUGGCAGAGAGCGCUGGCAGUGAUCUGUGAUUUUAAACUCUUCCUAUAUGAUGUAGCAGAAGGAAAAGCAUCCCAGCCCAGCGUGAUAGUGAGUCAGGUCAUAGACAUGAGGGAUGAAGAAUUCUCAGUGAGUUCUGUCUUGGCCUCAGACGUCAUCCAUGCAAAUCGAAAAGAUAUCCCCUGUAUCUUUAGGGUUACAGCUUCCCAGCUCUCUGCAUCCAGUAAUAAGUGUUCAAUCCUGAUUCUAGCAGACGGUGAGAAUGAAAAAAGCAAGUGGGUAGGAGUGCUGAAUGAAUUGCAUAGGAUUUUGAAGAAGAACAAACUCAAAGACCGCUCAGUCUAUGUUCCCAAAGAAGCUUAUGACAGUACCUUACCCCUCAUCAAAACAACACAGUCAGCAGCAAUCAUAGACCAUGAAAGAAUAGCUCUGGGGAAUGAAGAAGGGUUAUUUGUUGUGCAUGUCACCAAAGACGAGAUUAUCCGUGUUGGUGACAACAAGAAGGUUCAUCAGAUUGAGCUUAUCCCAAAUGAACAGCUCAUUGCAGUAAUCUCAGGACGAAACCGUCAUGUGCGGCUUUUCCCUAUGGCUGCCCUGGAUGGAAGGGAGACGGAGUUUUAUAAGCUGGCAGAGACAAAAGGCUGUCAGUCAAUAGUUUCUGGACAUGUGCGCCACGGAGCUCUUACAUGCCUGUGUGUAGCUAUGAAAAGGCAGGUCCUCUGUUAUGAACUAAAUCAGAGCAAGAUACGUCACAAAAAGAUCAAGGAGAUUCAAGUCCAGGGGAAUGUCCAGUGGAUGUCAGUCUUCAGUGACCGUCUUUGUGUGGGCUACCAGUCAGGUUUCUUAAAAUACCCCCUUCAUGGAGAAGGCAGCCCAUACAGUCUGCUCCAUCCAGAUGACCACACGCUAUCAUUUAUCUCACAGCAGCCAACUGAUGCCAUCUGUGCAGUCGAAAUCUCAAAUAAAGAAUACCUGCUGUGUUUUAGCAGCGUAGGGGUUUACGUUGACUGCCAGGGCCGAAGAUCUAGACAACAAGAAUUGAUGUGGCCCGCAACUCCAUCUUCUUGCUGUUACAAUGCACCAUACCUCUCUGUGUACAGUGAAAAUGCAAUUGAUAUCUUCGACGUGAACUCCAUGGAGUGGAUUCAGACUAUUCCUCUCAAAAAGGUACGACCCUUGAAUACAGAAGGAUCACUAAACCUUUUAGGCCUGGAGACAGUCAGAUUAAUAUAUUUCAAAAACAAAAUGGCAGAGGGCGAUGAACUGGUAGUUCCUGAGACAUCAGAUAACAGCCGGAAGCAAAUGGUUCGAAACAUCAAUAACAAGCGCCGCUAUUCAUUCAGAGUACCAGAGGAGGAGAGGAUGCAGCAGAGGAGGGAGAUGCUACGCGAUCCGGAAAUGAGAAAUAAAUUAAUUUCUAACCCAACUAAUUUUAACCACAUAGCACAUAUGGGUCCAGGAGAUGGUAUACAGAUUCUCAAAGACCUUCCAAUGCAACAGCAAGGGCAGCAGGCCCACAUGCUACCGUGUAAGGAAGGUGCUCAGAGGACUGGGGGUGACAAUCAGCGUUCCCCUUAUCAAUUCCCUCAUCAUCACUCCCGUCUGAUCUCCUCUCCGAGCAACUUUGAGCACAUCUACCACAUGACUGUUAAUUCAGCUGAAAAAUUCCUCUCUUAUGAUUCCAUAAACCCUGCAUUUUCCCCGCCUCCACGCUCUGUCCUCGGUACUCCAGACUUUAUGACUCUGAGGAAUCUUCGGCCUCAGGAAAGUCGGACCGUAUUCAGUGGCUCUGUCAGUAUCCCAUCGAUCACGAAAUCCCGCACAGAACCAGGACGAUCGAUGAGCGCAAGCAGCGGGUUAGCAGCACGAUCGUCUGCACAAAACGGCAGUGCUUUGCGGAGGGAAUUCUCAGGAGGUAGCUACGGAGCAAAGCGUCAGCCUAUGGCAUCGCCCUCAGAUGGGUCCUUAUCCUCUGGUGGCCUGGACCAAGGCAGCGAUGCACCAACAAGGGACUAUGAGCGAGAGGACUCUGACUCUCCGAGACACUCUACUGCAUCGAACAGCUCCAACCUCAGCAGCCCUCCUAGCCCAGUUUCUCCUCACAAGACCAAGAGCCUCUCCCUGGAGAGCUCUGACCACGUGAGUUGGGACUCAUGAACUGCUUCAGCAUUCAGAUUUGACAUCACAGCAGCUUGCUGUCCCCAUGGCUGUCCCCUUCACUCGUUCCAGUUCUCACCUUCAUCAUCCUAACUCUCCCCGUUCCCUGCCUGAAAGUGAUCUGGGAGUGGGGUACAGAGGAAGGUAAAAGCUGGUCGUCUUCAGCACCGUUUGGCACUGCCUCACCCUCCCUUCCCCAGAUUUGACAGCAGCAAAUGAGCAAAGCUAGGGUGUUGGUAAAUAUCAGAUGCUGUAGAUUUGUAUUAGUAUUGGUUUCAUUUUUGUGGUUACAGCUGCUUCAUUUUUAAAGACAUAUUUAUCCCACCCCCCUUCCACUUCCCAAAAAGUAGCUUAAGUAGACCAGACCAGUAUCAACAAGAGAAAAUUCAGAGGGAUUUUGUUUUCAUACAAUAGCUCAUUGUACUGUACAAAAGUAGCACAGACCCCUUCCCCUGCAUGGGGAAUGAUCAGUAUGUCAGAGGCACAUAAAAGCUUUCAGCCACCACGUUUGAAUGUCAAUCUGAUUGUCGCCAGCAAAUCCUUAUUGAUUAAAAUGAUGCAUAUUUUACUACAGUACAGAGUUUAAAUAAAUACGCAGAUGUUAGAGUAAAAUACGUAUGUAUAUAUUCAAAGAAAAAAAGCAUUGUGUAUGCAGCAGAAGAUGGAUGCUUAUUUAAGAGAGCCUUUAAUUUAAGAUUUGUGUUGUCCCUGUUUUCAUGCUCGGUAAUAUACAGACUUGGAGGCCUGGCCUAAAACCUUUCGCAGGACAGAUAUUCCUUUUGCGUAGCACUCGCUGCACUGGCGGGAGAGGUCCCUGCAGUGCUUUCACAUUUCUUUACUUCUGGCGGUAGCAUAACUGAAGCUAUAAUUCCUACUUUCAUGUUAAUCCCCAUCCUUUGCAAAAAUGACAACGAUUGGAAAGCAACCUCCUGCCCCAACAACCAAGGGCACCAGUCAGCCAGGUGGCUGCCCUGGUUUCUUGUGUGCUAGCUGUGCAGCUGAGGAGCCUUGCGGCAUGCUACAGUAGAGGUCCUUAAGGCAGCAAGGGAGUUCAAUGCAGCAGGAUUCAGCAGGAAAACUGUUUCCCUGGGUCAGCCUUUGAGCAGGCUUAACUCGGAAGGGAGCAGUCUUCCACAUCUCCUUGACCAUCCCUAACCAGAAAACUGUUACUGUUGUUACCAAAUACUAGUUGCUAAUACACAUCAGCCAAAUGAGUGCCCUUAGCCCAAAGCUAGCCGUGGCUGGCUAUGCUGUCACUGUAGCAACGAAGAACCUUGAAGACUGACCUCACACUGUUCACACUGUGGUAGUCAAAGAUGCCUAGUCACCCACAACUGCCAUGCUGGCAAGGUUGGUUUUCCUCUCCCUCCCCACCCGUGCUGUGGGUUUGUGCAAUUUGCAGUUGUUUCUAUGUGCUCACCUGCUGUUUGGUUCCAACAGCAGGUCAGGUUGGAGGGCAGAAAGUAUUGCGGUGGAAGACAGAGCCCACUGAAGUUGCAAAAACAAAUAAAAAGCUGAAGCUGGUCAUGCAGUCAACAGAAUAAAGUGAGAGACUGAUGUAUGGUAAGAGGAAGAUGUCUCUUCUCUUUAGUUAGCAGGGCAGAUGUGUUUUUCAUUUGGGAGCGUGUUCAAAUGAGCCUCUCUUCUCAGUAGCAUUGUUGCUGGCUUUAUACUAUGAUCAUACUCAAACACAUAAGGGCUUUUUGUAUUUAGAAUACUGGUUUUUGUGGGUUUCGGAAACUUGUUAUGGCUCUUAUUAAACCAUUCCAUAUUCUUGCAGUCAGCAGUAUAUAGUGUUUCACCCACACAGAGAUGUUUGGAGUUUUCCAGUUUCUGUCUUCCCUAAUGGAAGUUAUAGGUAAGUUCAAACCAUGUACAGUAAUUUCCAGGUAUGAUCUAUAUGUGAAAUAGGGAAUGAGACACAGAUCAUUUAAUCCAUUUAAUCAUGCUGGGUCUCCUAGGUAAGAUUUCUCUUUCACUCUGAAUCAAGAGGCUUGCCCAAGUUUAAGCUCAUUCAAUGUUACUUUGGGACAGGAAUUCAAGAAUUUUUUUAGAAACCAUCAUAUCAAAAGCCUGUCUCUCCUGUUUGGGUUUUUCAGAGUAGCAAGCAGGUUGUGGUGUUCGUUUUCACUUCAAAGCUACUACUUUUGCAAGCCUGGCAUUUAAUAUUAAAAGCCUUAGCAAACGGCUAAGCACUUGAAAUUAAUUCCUCCCAGAAUAGUUUUCAGUCUUUCUGAGGGACAGAUAAGCAGGACAUUAUUGGCAUUAUUAAAAUUCCACAUCAGCUUCUUUUUAAAGGCUGCAUAUUGCUUCAAGUAUAGCCACUGCUUUUUCCCCACAAUUCCCUCCUUUUGGCGAAGCAUGUCCACACACUUUUCAAAGCCUUUGCAGACUAGUUUUGUAUUUACUGUACGUUGUAUUUAAACAUUAAUCUUACUUUGAUGUUGAGAGAAGGCAUUUAAACAGCAGUCACUUAAGACAGAGCAGCCUGUGUGACAGUCCCCUGAGAGAGGGUCACAGGAUCUUUUUUGUGGAUUUUUUUUUUGCAGUUGAGCUAAUGCUCUAUCUGAAAAUGGAACCCAAAGAGCCACAACACAACAAACAAUUAAAUCAAGUAAACCCCUCUGUUUACUCCGUUACGGUGCCUGCAAUCUAUUGAUACAAAAAAUCUGACAUUUUCAGGCAGAGCGUAGGUCAGCUGUGUUACAAAACUGAGCUCCAGAGGAUGAGAGCUCCACAGGCCUACACCGUUUGUACACCACAAUUUCUAAGCCUUGGCAGUCUCCUUUAGGAUUACUAUAUUUAAUCAUUAGUUUGGUACUGUGCAUUUUUAUACGCAUCUGUUCAAAAGAGAAACAGCAACUGUUCUCUCAGUUGAAAAGCAAAUGACCACAUCACUUAUUUGAAAAGAGAAAAAUCGUCCUAAGACUUGAAUCGUUUUAUAUAUUUGGGGACCAUUUGAUUAUACACUCAAUUUUAAACCACGCUCAUCUUUUUUUGUUGGUAUGAACACUGAAAACAUGCAUAUACUGUAGCUGAGCUUUUUAAAUACUCAUUGGGCUAGGAAAAGUAACUUGGUCAUUUGAACUGUAAGACUCUUGACUGGUAUCUCAAAGACAGUUGUCUCUUAAGGUUUGAUGUUUGCUACUUUGCACUGUAGCAUUGCUUCAACUUCACAGUUAGAGGGCUGCAUUUUGUUCAGGGAGCUUAAAACCUCCCAUUGAAUUUUUGACUGUAGCUUAUGUAUGUUCUCUGUACACAGUAUGUAUCUAGCUGGUUUUUUCCUUUUGGCUGAGACUGAAGGUGUUUGCAUUUUUUUGACACUGCUUAAACAUAUGGGUUGUUGGAUUUUUGCUUUUUUUUUCCUCUUUUGAUGGCAACAAAGGAUCUGAACAGAUUCAGGCAGCUACUAAGGAUUCCAGGUUAUAGAAUGAAAAAGGUUUGGUAAAUAGUUUUCCCCUGCACGUGUGCGCACACAGAUAUGUGGCUUCCUUCCACAUUUCAUAAACCCAAAAGCAGGGUUAUAGUACUCUCUUCUCUCUUGCCUUUGACCUGUAGAAGACAGCUGGUGGCUCAAAAAAACAUUCCUGAGGCUGUGGUGAAGUAGUUGCUUCUUUUUCUCUCAGUUAGUUGCUGUGGCUUGUUAUGAAUGUGCAUUUUGCCCACUUUAACGAGUUUCAAAACUGAGUCAGGAAUGUUCUCUCUUUGAUUUGAUUCUGAUAACACUACAAGCCAGGUGUGUUAUUCUCAGGUAUACGGCAGAGGGAAAUUAAGGGUCUUGUCCAUGCCAAAAAAGUCCAAAAAGCAUAGUGUAUUUAUAGAAAUGUAGUUUAACCGCACCUAACUGGUUCACAGAGUGUGUCAGCCUUUCAAAACAAAACAGUUGGAGUAUUGAUGCGGAAACAGAUUCUGGCACCACAUUCUCUUGCAUGGCCAGACCCUGAAUGACAGGACAAACAUGCUCUUGGGUGGAAGAAGGGUUUUUUUCCAUUUUAUGCACAGUUUAAUUUCAAAUUAAUACAUUGAGGGUAAAAUUUACUUCAGUGCAAGUACCCACACCUCCUGAGCCUUAGUCUGAGAAUCAAAGUGGCACAUAGUAGCUAUACUGUGGGGUUUUUGUUAAUAGGAGUCAGUUCCAUGGAGGAAAUGGGACAACUUUCUGCACUAACACAAACUGCGCCCUUCCAUGUGGCUUUGUGUUCACACUGUAUUUGAUAAACACCCCCAGAAACCGCUCUGCUGCAGGCUUUCCAGUCUAAAUUCCAACCCUACUUUGUCUUUCAUUCCAGCCGCAGCUCAGUACAACCUAUUUUCAUUCUGCAUUUAAAAGAGUCUCAUCCACAGGGAAGAAAUCCACAGACAAACCAGUGUUGGUAUUUCAGAGCAAUUAUACCUGCCUUUUUAUGUAUGACAGUUUCAUAUCAUUUAUUUUUAAAAUGUUUUUUAGGUUUUUCAUUGUAAUAUUAUUGUACAGUUUUGCAUGGCAUAGAUGUAAUCACUUUUUUGUUUUAGAGUAUAAAAGCUGACAAGUGUGCGUGUGGGGGAAAGAUUCUGCUUUUUGCCUCUUCUCACUAUUUUGUUUAAUGCCCUCAAUGUUGUAGGGGACAUUGUAAGAGAUUCUCUGCUACAGAACAAUGAUGUAGAUUCUUUUGCACAGAAAUAUUUAAGGUGGAAAAGUCAAUAAUGUAAAAAUGACUUACCACCACUAUUUUAUGUUGGUAACACACUUAAUAUUAACCUACUUUGAUGUACUGCAAUAAAACAGGGAACUGUUAGAAA